AUGGCCGAAAGCGACCAAGAGGUGGCAGGACAGGCUUGGGCUGUGGCGUGGGUCGCAGCUGCCUGUGCGACUUGCAUUGUGUACGACCACCUUAUUACUUUUGGGGAAGAGUGUAAUCAUAUUUGGCCGGCACGAAUGACUUUGGCUCGCGUCCUUUUCUUCGUGAACCGAUACGUCGUAGAGGGCAUGUUACUGUUCGCCUUUAUCGGUAAGGACGCGUCUGUGCACUCAUCCAAAAAACUGAUCCGGCCCAAAAUAGCCGUAGGGUUCGGUAAUCUGUCAACUUCAUUCUGUACCUUCUACCUUCGGUGGUUGAGCGUUAAUUUGACCGUUCAAAAUGCGGUGGUGCAAGGGAUCCUCGUUCUACGUGUCUGGGCACUCUAUCGGGGCAAUAAGCCGGUGAUAGGGUUUGCAUUCUUUCUCUACUUUGGUGUCUGUGCAACCUUGGUUGGCCUGACAGUCACAGAUUAUCUUGCGGAGAGUGUAGACGUGGAUAAGGUGGUUGCACUACCGGGUUGCUACGCAGAUAGUCUUCCUUCCAUGCUUGCUGGCUACUGGAUCACACCUCUGGCCAUCGAGAGCUAUCUAUUCAUCAUGGUGUCCGCCCGAGCUUUUGUUUACUGGAAGGCAGGUGAAUCCGCCCCUACCAUCCUAAAUCUAAUGGCUCGUGAUUCGAUGAUUUAUUUCGCAAUAAUACUUGCUUUAUUAUUAGGAAAUCUUCUCAUGUUUUUAUUGGGUCCGCCCUUCUUGUCUAGCCUGCUGGUCAAUCCUUUAAGCGCGGCUAGUUGCAUCCUGGGUUCCCGUAUGCUCCUAAACCUUCGGAUCGCGAUCGACCUCCAUCCUUCGCGCUCAGAAUUAGAAAUACCGCGUAAUACACGCCAUGGAUCCUCAGAAUAUCCCAGACAUUUACACGCACCGGACAUCGUGGACGAAUCUGAUUCCCUCUCGUGA